GGCAAAGGUGAAGAAAGGUGUGAACAUUUUCAGUGUAAGAGCCAGCAGCCCGUACUUAUGGGACAUCAGAGAGAGCAUGGAUUAUACCGGGAAAUAUGCACCAGCUGUUAUUGUUUGCCAGAGGAAAUCUGCUGCCUCUGAAAACAGUGCGGAGGGUCCUUCCUCUGAAAUCAUGCAGAUUGAUUUUGAAAUUGAAGACUUAACUGACUUACCCGGGACCCAGCUCAUCACUUGGCAGGUGGAAUAUCCUGGAGAUACAACAUCUGAUCUCGGAAUCUCCAAGAUCUACGUAAGCCAGAAGGACCUGGUAGGAGUUCUCCCUUUGGCUAUGGAAGCGGAGAUCCUGAAUACGGCUAUUCUCACCGGGAAAACAGUGGCUGUCCCUGUCAAAGUGGUCUCCGUGGAAGAUGAUGGGACUGUGACUGAUCUUCUGGAAUCUGUGGAGUGCAGAUCAUCAGAUGAAGAUGUCAUUAAGGUUUCUGACAGAUGUGACUAUGUCUUUGUCAAUGGGAAGGAAAUGAAAGGGAAAGUGAAUGUCAUAGUUAAUUUUACUUACCAGCAUCUGAGUGCCCCUUUAGAAAUGACAGUCUGGGCUCCUCGUCUCCCACUGCAGAUAGAGGUCUCUGACACAGAACUAAAUCAGAUCAAGGGGUGGAGAGUCCCCAUCAUCUCUAAUAAGAGACCAGCCAGGGACAGUGACGAUGAAGAGGAGGACGAACGCAAGGGAAGAGGCUGUGCCCUUCAGUACCAGCACGCGAUGGUGCGAGUCCUCACGCAGUUUGUAGCUGAAGCCCCAGACCCUGGCGGCCAGCUGAGCUAUUUACUGGGUUCGGACUGGCAGAUUGACAUCACCGACCUGGUGAGUGACUUCAUGCAGGUGGAGGAGCCAAGGAUCGCCAAGCUGCAGGACGGACAGGUUUUGAUUGGGCUGGAGCUUGGAAUGACGACGAUUCAGAUACUGUCCCCCCUUUCGGAUGCUAUCUUGGCUGAGAAGACAGUGACAGUUCUGGAUGAGAAGGUGACAAUAACUGACCUGGGAGUGCAACUGGUGACUGGAUUGUCGCUCUCUCUGCAGCUCAGCCCAGGAAGCAAUAAGGCCAUCUUUGCUACAGCAGUGGCACAGGAGCUGCUCCAGUCUCCAAAGCAGGAAGCAGCCAUCAGCUGCUGGAUCCAGUUCAGUGAUGGAUCUGUCAUGCCCCUGGAUAUUUAUGACUCCAAAGACUUCUCCUUGUCAGCUACAUCUCUGGAUGAGAAGGUGGUCUCGGUUCACCAUGACCCCAAAUUCAAGUGGCCUGUGAUUGUUGCUGAGACGGAAGGCCAGGGGACGCUGGUGAAGGUGGAGAUGGUGAUCAGUGAAUCAUGCCAGAAAUCCAAAAGAAAGAGCAUCCUAGCUGUUGGAAGUGGCAGCAUUAAAGUCAAGUUUGGGCAGAGUGAUGCCAACCCUAACAUCAGUGACAGUAAACACAGAGGUGUCCACCUAGAAAAUCAUGCCAGUGACCGGCGUCAGAAAACCACUUUCCAGGAGAGAGCUGGGCUGGAUGGCCAGUAUUACAGCUCCUCCAUGGGCUACGAGCAAGGCAAAGGGACCACUACUCAAAGGUCUAUUUUAAGUAAAAAAGAAGACAGAGAAAGCCUCCUGGAUGAUGACAGCCAUCUGCAGAACAUCCCAAUCGACUUCACGAGCUUCCCUGCACAGGUGGAUCUGCCAAGAGACAACGGAGACUUGGAAGAGAAUGACCUAGUCCAGUCCCCUCGGGGGCUCAGUGACCUGGAGAUCGGAAUGUAUGCGCUUCUGGGAGUCUUCUGCCUGGCAAUUCUGGUCUUCCUUAUCAACUGUGUCACUUUUGCUUUGAAGUACAGAAACAAACAAGUUCCCUUUGAGGAACAAGAAGGCAUGAGCCACUCUCAUGACUGGGUUGGGCUGAGCAACAGGACAGAACUUCUGGAGAAUCACAUAAAUUUCUCAUCCCAACAAGAUGAACGUAUCACAGCCAUUGACAGAGGAGUGGACUAUGAAGAGAGCAAAUAUCUCCUCAACACAAAUGCCGCCAAAAAUAUUAAUGGACAAUCUUUCAGGUCUACUGAGUCCACAUUCACUGAAGGGAAAGAACAGAAAAGUGAACCAACUACUUCUCCUACCUCUAAGAGGAAACGGGUUAAAUUCACCACCUUUACCACCAUCUCCUCUGAUGAUGGGUGUCCAACUGUCAACUCAAUCUUGAUGAGUAGUGAGGAUGACAUUAAAUGGGUCUGCCAGGAUAUGGACCUGGGGGAGUGCAAAGAACUGAAAAACUAUAUGGAGAGAUUACAUGAAAAUGCGUAG